AUGUCAAGUGUUGGUACAAAGAAGAAAUUAGUUGAACAGCUUCGUCAAGAAGCAUCCAUAGAUAGACAAAAAGUUUCAACUGUUUGUAAAGAUAUAAUUAAAUUUUGUCAAGAUCAUGAAUCGGCUGAUGUACUCGUACGUGGCUGGGUGAGUCCAAAAGACAAUCCAUUUAAAGAAAAAGCUGGUUGUUUGCUCUUAUGA